AGUUGACAACCGCAUCGUUUCGGAAUAUUUGGCGGCUGAGCUAUGCAUUGAAUUUCACGUUUGCACUUAAUUUAUAAAUUUUAAGUGAAAUUCUAGCUAAUCAUCAAAAAAGAAAGUUAAAAAACAGAAGCAGCAAACAAUGAGUGCAAACGGCAGUGUAAUCACCGAUUGGAAACGCUUGUGGCAACUUGUAUCCGGCAUACACCAUGAAACACCUGAGAGCACGGUGCGUGAGGAGCUACUAAAUGUAUCGAAGGAACUGCAGGAUGGUGUGCUGCAGUUUCGCAAACGUACAGCGUCAAAUGUGAAAUUGGAAGAUUUGUUGAAAAGGAAAAAACAGGAGAAAUUGCUGCCAUUCACGCAGAAUUUGCAAGAGUUGUUGGACUUGGAGUCACAACAAUGCUGGGAGAUACUCUGCUACUAUCUAACCAACGAAUAUCGCGGUUCCGCCAGCUCACUUACCACACACAUAUCAUCAGAGAGUAAUAUGAGCAAAUUGCUGGAUGAUAUUUGGGGUUAUUACACGCUCGAACGCAUGAUCGUAUUGAAAAUUGUGAAAAAUUUGUUAAUCUUCUACAAAACACCCAAUCAUCCAUAUCACGCGCAAUACAAAGAGAUUUUGAAUAAAAUUACACUGCCAAAACUGCGCGAUUCCUAUCUCAGUCAAUUGGAGCAACUCAUUAAUGCAUAUCCACCAAAUCAGUUGGCGAACGGUGAAUUUUUCGACUAUCACACACGUCUGAUUGUCUGGUCCGAGGGCAAUGCACGCGAAAUCAACGAGGUGCUACACAUUCUGUUGCUCAUUUGUGAACAUCAACCAUUCGAAUUGAAGCAUAUUGAGAAACUCUUCAACUGCUUUCGUCAGCACACCUUCGGCCGACAACAAAGUUACUUGGAUAUUGGCAAACCGCUACAUAAUGAGUUAAUAACGCGGUUGGCAUACUCGGAGACCAUUUUGCUUUUGAAGUGUAUCGACUUGAGUGACACAGCCUCUUCGUUGGCGCUCAAUAUUAUCGACUUGUUGGAUAAGGACAUCAUACGUAUGCAUCACAAUCCUGAAAAUGGUCCACUGCUGCUGGGUUGGAUGUUACUGAAAAUGCGCUUCACCAAAGCCAUUGAGGACGCAGAAGCUUUUCUGCCAUGCCAGUUAAUGGGGAAGCGCGCUAUUGAUCUGCGUUGUUUCGAGUAUUUGCACAAUCUGCUGACAAGUUCCAUGUUUAAGGAUGAUAGCUUGGUGUCGCGCAUAGUACGCAAGACUGUCUACAAUAUGCUGACGCACAUGUGUAAUUUCUUCGAUGGUGAUGGCUCUUGCGCGCGUCAUGCGUACAUAUAUGAAUUGCUGAGCGAGCUACUGUCAUGGCCAACACUAGCGAAGGAGUUUUGUGCGAAUGAAGAUAUUGGCGUCCGCUCGUUAUUCAACACACUUCUGGAGACAUUCCCUGUAGAUUUUGUGCAUCUCUCAAUGCUGGCGAGUUCGCUCACCAAAGCGGGCAUGUCGAAUUUUAUCAAAACCCAACUUGAAUCACUGCCUAUAUACACUGAUAUAUACGACGAAAGCAAAUAUCCUUUGCGCGCCAUCAACGAGGAGGACUACAUACUCACUGCCGAUAUAAUGCCAUUCCCACACUUGGAUUUCAUAAUACCAGCACAUACCACUGCGGCCAUAAUGUCACGUACCGAGGGUUAUUGCGUUCAUUUUCGCGUCACACUCAAUUAUUUUGUGGUUUUACACCACGAAAUCAAUUGUUUACUCGCGGAGACGGUGCAGAAUCAAGGUGACUGGUCGCAAAAUGAACGCGUUCGUCGCAUUAAUGCGGGUCUGGAGUAUCUGCAGAAUGUUUUGCAACGCACCAAGUCGCUCAGCGCAAUCAGUGCGGAGAUGGUGCAUCCCACAGAGAUGUGUAUUGAUUUGCUGAAUAAGUUUAAGGCCGUGCCACAGCCGCCAGUGCAGAUGUUGGCGAAUUGCUUGAAUGUUUGCACGAUGCUGCUGCCGCUGGUGGAUGCAGAGAUUUAUGCACGCGUUGUACAUUUACACAUUUUGCCAGCGAUAACAAAUGAAACGCUCGACAGUUUUAAGGAGGAUGCGUUGGGUAUAUGCUUCGAUUCGCGUAUUGUUGGCUCCUAUUUGAUUGAUGUGGAGAAGAAACUGGAGCGUUAUGAUUUUUUGAUGGCUUACAUUGGAUUUCUACGCACUUAUACUAAGCUUCAACGCAAUAAUUUCUUCAAAAUCGAGAUACCCGGUUUGAUAUUUUUGCUGCGCGAAGUAUUUCCUCAUAUGCAUGCUUGGGGCUUUCAAUCACAAACGGAACGUCACAAAAUCUAUACCGAAAUUAUGGGUUUCGUAUGCGACAUUUUGGAUACCGUUACCAGCCUCGGUGAUAAAAAUGAGAAGAUAAACGCAGAAAAGAAGUUUUUGCGCGACAUAUGCAUACAUAGCUUGUCGAAUAUCGAAAAUGGCAUGGUGCUGCUGCGUUUCGUAGCGCUCGGCAAUGCCUACCUACAGCACACCAUGGAAAUGGAGUCCAAUUGGAUGAUACAGCAAUCACAUGGCAUCGUGCUAUUGGUGCGUUUGGCCAUGCGCAUACUCAUGCAACUGUUGCGGCUGAAACCGGCGGCGCAGGACACCAGCGAGUUGUCGCCACUCGAAGCCUUAAUCUACACGCAACCCAAGCAACGUGAUACGCUGCGCAUCAUACCGGUCGUGACGAGCUACAUGAGCAACAUCUUCGAUCGUUGGCUGCCGAUAUUGUCGUGUCGCCUUUUGCGCCGCAUAGCGCUUGAAUUCAAUAUGUCCUUAUUGGCUUGUCUCGAUAUGGAACCCGAUCAAAUACGUUUAACUUUCCUACAGCGUUUACCCGAUGAGUUAGAGAGCGAUUCGUUGAAAGUCGCCAUAUUGGAGUUGGUGGAAGCGUGCAUUGAAAAGCAACCCGGCGUGACGGAGGCGUUCUUCAAAGUGAAUGCCACACAAGAGAAGCGCUUCUUGGGCAAGGAGGCUGGCGUGCAAAUUGCUGAUAGCAUCUUAACAUUCUUAGAAGACUAUCUGGAAGCUGUGGCGAAGGACUCACAAAUGGUGGAGCACACAUUGCCCAGUAAAAUAAUGAAUAUAUUCCACUCGCUCUGGAAGAAUGGCAUGCAAAGUUUGGUGGAGGAGCUCACAAAACGUCCGAAGUUUUGGACACAACUUUGUAAUCCGUUAUUCAGCACACUCGGCAAAAAUGCGCGUGUUUACACACAACUGCUGAAUAUACUCUCCAUUGAAAUAUUCUCCACGCCGCCGAAUGGCAAUAAAGAAUUGAAGGAAGUCGUUUUGCGUUUCUUCGAGUCGUCCAAUUUCAAUAAGUGGCUUACGUAUGUGUAUGAUAUGCCAAAAACGCCCGCAGCGGAUCCAUAUUGCGCAGUCGAACUGUUUACCGAAGAUGUGCCCGAGUGGCUGUGUCGGUUGGCGGCCUUCAAGAGUUUUCUGAUAAUACUGCUGAAGAAGCAGCCGCAGUUCGUUGAAGUGCCGUCCAAGCAGCUGAAGAAGCUCGCCGAACAAACGCUUGUCACGCUCGUGGAUCGCGCUGAAUUCAUCGAGGAUCUGCGUCCAUUCAUCGUGCUCAGCGAGCUGUAUCUCUUCGUGUUGCUCAGCUUCAAACUCUCAUACACAGAUAGUCCCGAGGAGGAUGUGGAAAUGUUGAAAGAACUCAUUAAACUGCUCAGCCGUCUCUCCUCUUGCUAUGAAGAUUUGCAUUUGCGUGCCAAAGAGGCGUGUCUCGCCUUCACCAUCAAAUGCGCCGAUCUGCUGGCUGCUGAGUUGCUGAAUGACUCCGAUGCCGCGCUGAAUUUCCUCUACUCAGUUGUUAGCAUUAUCUGCUCGGAGUUGCAAACAUUGGAGAAUAGCGCGCGUGUAGAGAAACAGGCAAAGCAGGAGCUGGAGCAACUGCAACAGACUUCAUCGAACUCACUCGUCUUGAGUUUCAAUCUGCUCAAAACGGUGGCGAGCAUAUUUCAUGAUGCCGGUCCCGGUAACUGGGACCUGCCUUUCAUUGUGAAUAAAGUAUUCCAACGUCUGUUGAGCUGCGCCAGCUCCAUAUUGCAGCUAUAUAGCAAGCAAAAGCUCUCAGUCGAAUUGCUCGAUGUGCUGAUCGUCUUUGCGAAGGGCAAUUGCUCGGCGGAGUUCUUGCAUUGUGAUGUCGGCGAUUAUUUGUGGCUGAAAUUGUUGCCACCAAAGGAACUCUUGCAGUCCAAUUUCGCGGUGUUGGGCCAAACGAAAACUGAAGAGAACGGCUGGACGGUGCAGAAGUGGUGGCCCAUCUAUACGCGUGGCAUCACUUUGGUCACUAUCUUGUUCGAGAAGCAUAAGCAUUACUUCGUGAAACACGCCUUGCAAUUUGUGGGUAUCCAUGAGGUGUAUUUGGUGGACUCAUUGCUGUUGGCCAAACAGACUUUGGAGCCGGCGGCCAUGGAGUUGAUCAAGAGUUCAGUUACUUUGGUGUCGAAUUUGGUGGAAUUCGAGUCACUGUGGCGUUUGGAACACUCCCAGUCCUUGUUCAAUUUGAUGCGCGCCGUACAAGUGCUCAUGGGUCACGCCAUUUCUAUGUUUCAUCAGCCGAGAAAUCUAAAAUGCCUCAUCUCCGGACGCAAUUUGCAAUUGGACAUACUCUCAGAUAUUGAGCGUCCUGGUUUCACUGACGAAGUCAUCAGCGCCUUCAAUAAUCUCACCGAAAUCAUCACGCUGAGCGUACAAUGCUUGCAGCGUUUCAGUCCCAAACUGCUGGACUUGAUAUGCGCACCGGAAUUUUUGGUCAGCAAAUGGGAACCGAUUUUCGAAAUACAUUUUGGGGCGCCCAAAUUGAAUGAGACGGCCAUAACGUUGACUUUUGGCACAGUGCUGAGCAUUGUUGGUGUUUUUACGAAAGUGCUCAAUUUACAAAGUCAUGGUUUCCACGAAGUGCCACUGAAUGUAUUGCCCGCCAGCAGAGAUGGCGCCACUACUCCACCAGUCAGCGGCACAACAGCAUUGGCACGCUCACAACGCCAAUUCUCCAAAUCUGUCUCCAUUACAUCCGUUUCCUCAGCGAAUUGUCCACCGAACGAGCUGCUCGCCAAUCUGGAUGGUGAACUCUGCUUGCUUGCGCUCGAGCACGUACUAAUGUUGGCCGCCUCGCAGAGCAUGUUGGCGUUAAAGAAUCCCUACUUGCCAGCGCGCGAAAAACAAAUUGUGCGUCGCGAGAUCAGUACCGAACUCUUGGCAUACCAUGAAUUUGUGCGCAAGAAGGUGCUGAUCGACCAUCGUGAGCAUCGCGAAAUGUGGUAUCGCCGCAAGCACGGCUUGGUGUUCAUGGAAUUGGGCAGCGCAGAUGCUGGUGCUGCCAACAACGCCACAGUGAGCAGUAGUGGCACCACAACACGUAGCGCUUCGUCUACGUCGCAGUCGGGUGCGCGUCGCCACUCGUCCGAUUUACGUGUGAAUGUGGUGCGUCGUCUGCAUUUACAGCAAGAGCAUCAUCGCCAUCAGCACCAGCAGACGCCAUCGACCGCUUUCGAUAUGUCGCGUGUGAUUAGUCCGAUUGGCGCUAGUGCGCAUGCGCAACAACAGCAGCAGCCAUCAGCGGUUUCGUCCACACCGCAGCUGUCACGUCCACCGCUGCGGCGUCAGGGCGAUCCCGCACAGUUGGGCACUGAGGUGAAACGGAACAGCGCCGGCAGAGAUCAAAUUGUUGAGGUUCAGGAUGACGAUGAGAUUGAAGUGUUGGAGGAUAUACAAUAUUUACCACCUGAUGAGCCCGCCUAUACGCCGCUCUCCUAUGUGCAACUGGUGGAAGAGGAUUACUUGCACUUUAUGUCCAAUCUUUUUACCGUUAUUUGUCAAAGCGAUUAAAAAACGGAGGUUGAAAGUGUGGUUAGGUUGCAUGCUGCUUAUUUUCGACGCUAAAGUCGGUUAUUGCAACAAGCAGAAAUUAUUUAUAAGUACAGUGUUUAAGUGUUUUUUAUAUCUAAUUUCAAUGAGAAUAUAGUUUUCUAACAAAACUGUUUCUAA